UUGAACGGAAUAUGCUUUCAGUUCAAUAAAAAAUAAUAAUAACAAAAAAAAAUUGCGAAAAACCUCAAGCGAGUGUUGGCAUAGCGCAGUCGAAAAGCAAGCGGAAAUGUUGGAGAAAAAGAAAUCAACAUAGCAGAACAUAGAAACGAUUGAAUGAAGAGAAAACUAAAAAUUUAAUAAAAGAAGAUCAACAAGAGUACUAAGAAUGAGCUGAGUGAGCGAUUAACAAACUAUAAGAGACGUCACGAAAGUUACACAGCCACAACAGGAAUCGACAACUGCAGCAGUGUUCCAAGAAGCGGGACCAUUAAUAGCUGAGAAAAAUGCCCGAUAAUCGAAGGAGUUUUCAGUAGCUACCAGAGUAGCUACCAGAGCAUAGCUGGCAGUUGCCAGCAACGGAUUUCAACCGAAUCAAAGCAGCAAACUAAAUCACACGCGCUAUGAAAACGAACAUUGUUGACACCGUCAUAAAUUCAAGUUGAGUUGCCAAAAAUACAAGAAUUGAAAACAAUUUUGCGUCUUAACAAUAAAAUUUCAACAAAAGCUUGACAACAAUAGAAGCAAUCACAACACGUGAAAUCAACCACAACAACGCUAGCGACAUCCAACAGCAACAAAUUCGCUUAAAUUAAAAUGAAGGCAUGUAGCUGCCACAAAAACAACAGCAACAAAUAUAAAACAUGAAUACACUUGCACGCAAAUGGAACAUCAAAACAACACACGUGCAAACCAGACGCAAGAGGACACGCUAGUGUGAUUACUGAAAGAAAGCAAAAGUAAAGUAAAGAAAAUAAAAAUCAACAGCCAAAGGCAGAAGCUAAAAAGAUUUAUGACCAUCAAAUAUUAAAGUUGCCAACGACUUUGCGACACAUUUUUGAAGUCUGCAAAUAACAAAGAAAAAAAAACUUGACAAGUGCAACAACAACAGCAACCAUACAACAUACAUACAUACAUAUUACCGCCAUCAUCAUCAUCAAGGACCCCAACUAAAUAAAUACAGUCGGCGACUGGGUCAGCCUAGUGUGCCAGCGAGCUACUGCUGAGCUUUGCUUGGCAGUGUGUGCAUAGAAUCAUUAAAUAAAUUGCAAAUCACGAGACACUGUACAUACGGUUUGUUCCUGCUUCAACUCUCCGCUUCACGUCUCUUUCCUGCGCGCCUCCCCCAUUCCUGCAUGAGAAUCCACUGCAAUUAUAGUUAAAUCUAGGCGAAAUCUCACGCGCGGCAGUCACUUAUCCAACGCCAGCAGCUGAGAAGUGUGGUGUGGCAGUGGAGGGAGGGAGGGAGGGAGGGAGGGAGGCUAGCAGACAGUAGGUCAGCAAGCAGUGAAAAAAGCAUUGGGCGGCACAGAAGUCACAAAAAAGGAUGGCUGUGGCGAUGCGACCAAAUGGUAAGUCAAAUGGUUUACAUCAUGCAGUUUCGCUAGGCACCAUCGAAGUGGCGUCUAAGUCAGCGGCAGCUUCUAGCCAUUACGAUCGCAGUUACGAUUCCGAAGAUGAGAAUAUGAGUCGACGCCGCUUGCGACACACCUCCUCCACAGAACUGUAUCCACGUCCAUCCGUUUACUCGAAAGGCGAUAUACGCGAACAGUACUGCCUAACCGAUCGUCAGCUGCAUAGCAUCGAGAGGCCGCGUCGCGAUCGCUUCUUUGGCUGUCUCUCGAGGCGUAGCGGUGUGCCGCAAUCCUUUCUGGGUGGCUGUGUUGGGCGAAGGGUGCCAUCAGAUGAGAAUUUAGCUGCGUACGCUCCCUUCUACAAGUAUCCGCGCUAUCAAAGACACUUUCAAAAUAACGACGACAAAUCACCUGACUCCGAUAUGGAUAGUUCCUAUUUUAGACGACAACCAGCUUCAAUAUUGAGCACUGCGAAGACGCUAGACACUGGAAGUGGUGGUGGUGGUGGUGGUGUCGGUGUUGGCGGUGGAAGUAUUGCCAGCGGCAGUAGCGGCAUCGGUGUUGGCCCUGGACCAGGCGUCAGCAUGGGUAUGGGUCCAAGCCAACGUUACUCCUGGAUGGGCAUGCCAACCGGCAUGGGAAAUGAGAAUAUCAACUUUACAAAUGAUCAAAGUUCGUAUCACUAUCCCACCCAUAUCGGACUGCCAACAGCCGGCCAGCAGCUACAAAUGGGCGGCGGCGGUGGCACAACACCGAGAGCUAAUUUAGUUAAUGUUUCUGAGUGCGGCUGUUGGUACAUACAAUUUAAUGAAAAAGAUGAACUGCUCUCCUUUACUCACUCUUACUCACUUGUGUUUAUUUCUCACUCUUUCUUUCUUCCUCGCUUAUGCUUCCUAUCUCUCUCUCUUCACCUCUCUGGCCUGCUCCCUUUCCCACUUUAUUCUAACACUUCCCUCAUAUCUCACUCCUUCUCAAAUCUUAUUCUCUCUCUCAAAAACUCGCUUUUUCCUCCCCCUCUCUUUUCCGUUCCUCCCUUUUUCAGAACCAAGCAUGUCAGCUUCGCCCGCUCGCAUACACUCACCUCCUUCGACGAUGUCAAUUUGGGGGGCUUUCGUUCCUCUGGUCGCAUAAAGACCGCUCGCAGCCAAGAGCGUCUUAUUGGCGGCAAGAAACCGAUCAUUGCCACAGGCUCGUUGUACGAGUCUAUACAGCUGCCACCGCAAGUGGGGCAGCCGUCCUUAAUGCAUUCACAACAACAGCAACAGCAGCAACAACAACAACAACAGCAGCAGCAGCAGCAGCAACCCCAUCCGCCGACUAAUUAUAUCACGACUUUACCGCCCACGAUCGCCAUGCAUCCACAUCAGCAGGCUAUCAUGCAUCAGCAUGCGCCACCACACAUCCAUCCAUCGCAUGGGCAUGGGCAUUCUCACCAGCAUCAUCAUGGACCGCCUAUUCAUAUACAUCAAUUUGUACCGGCAGCUUUUGCUGGCGCCGAAUUGGGACCAACGGUGCAAACUGAACAACCGAUUUCCUUGUUAUCCGGCAGGCCAUUGUCGCACAUGGAUGACAUACCGCUGGGUAUAGGUGGUGGUGUUGCUGGAACUGUACUGCCGACCGGUUUGGGUGUGCUUACAUGCACUACGCAGGUGCUGGCGCCGCCUAGUCCGGAGGUGCUGGUGGUGGAGAAGAAAUUUCGCAGUGCCAUGAAGACGCAAGCUACACAAACGGAGGUGCGAAAGGACGCAUUCGCGCAGGUCUUGGCGCUAAGUCCACGCACGAUGCAUAAGGUCAAAGUGGUAUCACAAGGCGCGCAGACGAAUGGUCUGUUGAAUGGCAAGAAACUUACAAAGAGUCUGUCAGAAAUGCCGAACGGACAAGCUUUACAGAGCGCAGAGGAGCGGCAUAUGAGAAACUUCAUCGACCACGGCGUCGUUUAUCGCACGCAGUCAGAGGAGCCGCCAAAGUCACCACUAGAUCUCGACGAUCCGAGCAACAUAAACUACUAUGAACCACCGCCGCCGCUUGAUACAAUGUCUUACUAUAGCCGACGCUCGUCGCAACUGCCCUCCGAGGAGAGCACGCCCUUCUUCCCGAAAGACGCAAUCGCCUUCGACUACGAAAGCAACAGUUUGCCACGGCGCGCUUGCACAUUCCAUCGAGAAAGCAGUUUUAGCUCGAAUAGCCUGCCGCGUCGUGAGACGCUACAUGCGCACGAUAUUUGCAAGCACAUUACCGAGUGUCCAGAGCUGAUGGGCGACAUCAAUGGCAAUGGCAACGGCGGUGCUGGACUGCUUGACUUUUCGAAGCCACAUUUGCUGCCACCGCCCAGCGAGUACUGUAAGAAUGCAGAUGAGCCGCUAACGUCCACCUCCACACUGACCGCAGAGCCUAGCGUCGCCGCCGAACCUACCGAUUUGCAUAGACGCAAGUCAAUGGUGGCCACGCUACUGCCAUUAGAUGCCGACAUCACACCUACGCCCUUCAGACGCGACGACAUACGUCGCCAAUCGAUGCCCAUCUAUGUGAAGCAGGAGAAACUAAUUGACGGUUUUGGGCCGCGCACAUCCUUUCGCUCCAAGGUUAAACCAAAAACAGUGAUAGCCGGUGGUGAUAUCUUCGAUGAGAAAGAGAUAUUUAUAGACUUCAAGCCGCAUGUUGCCAUGCCAAAGUCGAUGGCGCAGCAACAAGUGGCGCCAACUAAAUAUCGGCCUACAUAUAAGCUACCAACACAGCCAUCGGCGCCUUCAAUGGAUGGUGCGCAACAAAAAUCGGUAGAUGAAUGCGAAAAUUGCCGCGCACUGCAGGCUGCCGAUUCGCGUUCCUCUGUAAGUGAAGAUGACUACGAGGAUGAGGCUGAACGCGAGCAGCAGCCAGCCGUUAUAGAGGCAGAUGAAGGCGAGCAGGAGGAAAGCGAUCAACACGAUCCAUUGUACGAGAAUGUGCCAAGCGUACACAAGCCCACAAGCGUACCCAGUAUAGCGGAACGCCGUGCGAGUAUGCGCAAACGUUCAGUGAGUUUAGACGAGCAAAAUGUGGCGCAACAGAAAGCGGUUGAUGUGUCGGCGCCACCCAGUCCCUGCCGCGAGGAGCUAUUAUUUGCGAAUGCGUCCACUUAUCCUUCCUCGGACUCGCUGGCAAACGAUGUUACGCGCGAUCACUCGGAUGGAAUUUGGAAUGAGUCGCAAGUGACUGUUUUGACAGCCGAACAGAAGGAGGGCUCCGAGACCUCGUAUACCUCGAAUAUGCUGCUAACACCAACAACGAGGCGGAAAAAUCUGCUGCUGCAACAUCAACAGCGCAGCUCCGUGGACACAGACGCGCUCGAUUUGGAGGAUACGCAAGUCGAUUUGAGUCCCACUUACGGCAUCGCGGUGAGCACACUGCCAACCAUGCCCAAGCCAGUUAAGGGCAUCGCACCCAUCACACAGCAGCCACAGGCAAGUCGCGAGCCCAAGACGACCACACUCACGGUGCCAUCGAAGCUCCCAACACCUUCCAUUGCGGUCACGCCGAGUUUGUCUGUGACCAAGGAAAUUUCACCUAAGAAAUCGCCUGGCACUAGCAAACGCAUCGUACAGGAACUACCACCCUCAGCAGCACGCGAUGGGCGACGCAGCUCUGAUGUGCAGCCGACGCGUGCCAACACAAACGCAGACGUCAAAUUUACAAAUAAUCACACCGAUGUCUCAGAGUGCAGCACAAAUACAGAUGAAUAUGCCACUUGCACCGAUACAUCGAAGCGCACGCCAGUUUCUACACAAAGUUCACAAAUCGACCGCACCCAAGGUUCAUCCUUCGAGAGUGCCUCAUCGCUCUACUCUACACGCGGCGAAAUAACGUCAGAGGAUAUGCUACAGCACGAUGAAAAGCCCACUAAGCCGCACAAGGUCGAACGUGACAUGCAGCUGAAGUCUCCUCUACCCAUGGCUGAGCUGACUAAGCGUUCACCUUCGCAUUCCAUCAGCAGCACUUCCUCGGGCAGCUACAAUGUUGCUGGGCUCGCGACACCUUCACCCUCGGCAAAGGAUGCUGAGAAGCGUCUAGAAUUAGCUGAGAAAUCGCUCAGCAAGUCGCCAGCAACCACAGGUAUUCUGCAACCCUCAUCGAAUGAGCCAACAGCCACCAUAAGUGGCGAGAAGCCACGCAUCAAACCCGAGUCCAUAUCGGAGGAUGAACGCAGUGAAGUGCGCUACUCGUCCUCCGGCUACUACGAGAGUCCGCACGACGACGAACAUGUGAUAAAGUCACGUCGUCAUCGACUCGAUGAGGAGCGCAAGCGCCGCAAGACCACUAUGAAACUGGACAUUGAAAAAGAGAAUUUACGCGCGCUUACCAGCCCAAUCAAGAAACCGGCGGCUGCAGCAGCCGGCGCGCUUACCACACCUACAGCUGGCACAAAGGAUAAGCUGCCGUCCGAAAGGCAAUCCACAACCAGCGGUACACCGCACGCCAUUGUCGACGCGGCAAGUCCGAAUCGCAUUAAACGUUUCCGUCCGAAGAUACGUCGUCAAUUGCGGCGAAGUUCGCGUGAUGAUAGCACGCCAAAACGACAAAAGAAUCUAGUCAAUUUGUACGGCAUACCACCGUCAGCGGGUAGCACCGAAAAGUUGCUAGACUAUAGCGUUAAGCUUAAAAAGGAAGAACACGAGGAGUUGCCAGUUGUCGAGUGUAAGACGAGUAAAAUGAUUACAUCGCCCACAACAACAACGAAAACUACCAAAUCGUCCUCGGAAGUGUGUCAAUUGAAGGCAAAGUCUAUUGAGUCAUUGCGUUCUGUGUCGCCUGGUUCCGAUUCGGUGUUCUACAGCGAGGCAGAUGGUCCAACACAGGAACCGCAUGCGCAUUGUUUGCACUGCGGCAAAGGUACGGAGGGUCAGACGACGGUUAUAAGCGCUUUAGCUGGCGACUCAGUCGAAUCGCUGCCAUUUAUUGAGAACGAACAUGAGCAGGAUAUUGUUAAGCCUCCUUCAGACUUUGCAGACUCUCCGGUCACCGCGAAAACUACGCAGCGGCUCUACAAGAAAAUGGAUAAACGUUUUCGUUCGGAAGAACGCUAUCAUGGCGGCGAACGGGGGCGUCACUACAAGACGCGCCAGGAGAAUAUACGCGCAAAGAGUGAGGAACGCAGUCGUGAAAGCGUGCACUCGCGUAGUCCGCAGAGUUUACGUCCAGCGGGCUCCAGUCCAUGUGUGCUGCCCGACGCCGCGGUUGAGCAGAGCCAGCAAAUCAUCUAUCGCGGUAACUACGAUCCGGCGCGUUAUUCGCGUCUCACCGACGCAGAUGUUUGGACGCAGCUGAAUCAUCAGAGUUUUGAUCGUCAUCGCGAUCGCCGCCCGUCAACUGAGUCCGAGCGCAGUUUUCACUCCAAAUACCAGGUCAUACUUCAUCGUCUGGUCCAACGGCGUUGCACUUUGGAAAUGUAUCACCGCCAGCGGAAUAAUAAUUUUCCCAAAAAACAAGAAAAAUUCAGCACAAUGAUCGAACUAAUCACCUCGAAUUCUGCAACGGAUUCGCUGCGACGCAAACUGGAGGAUGUGCUGAAACUGAUGCUCUUGGUCUGGGCACGCGAGUCGCAUGUGAUUGCCAAGACUUCAGGCGGCAAAAGGGGCGUCGACAAAACAAUUGUGGUCAAGAGUGAAUCCGGUGAAUUUGGCUUCCGCAUACAUGGCUCCAAGCCGGUCGUCGUCGCUGCCAUUGAACCAGAAACACCCGCCGAAAGUUCAGGGCUUGAAGUGGGUGACAUAAUUAUCUCCGUAAAUGGCGUCGAAGUGUUGGACAAACAUCACACCGAAGUGGUGAAGAUAGCGCACGAUGGCUGCGAGAUACUCGAGUUAGAGGUGGCGCGCACCAUUGGCGUACUCAUGCACGAGCAGCAAGAGCCACCAUGCCAGCCGAUCUACAGCGGCUAUUUGUGGCGGCAGAGCGGUCAGGCGAAAGGUGCGCCAAAUACAAAGAAAUGGGUACGUCGUUGGUUCUCGUUGCGACCGGACAAUUGCCUCUACUACUACAAAACGGAGGAGGACUCACAACCCGUUGGCGCUAUGAUUAUGGCCAAGCAUACAGUUGAUCACUGUCCACCGGAGGUCGGCAAGCCGUACGCCUUCAAAAUCGAUUCCGGCGAAGGCAUACCGUUGUAUGUGGCUGCCGAUUCAGAGGAAUUAUCCAGCCGUUGGAUUAAGUUGCUCAAGCAAACGGCCACACAGGGCACACCCUGGCUGGAUAAUUGCGCACACAAUCUCUACCAACCGCCGUGCAGCAUUACACGACCGGACUGCUUUGGUUACCUGCUGAAGUUGGGCUCCCGCUGGUGCGGCUGGUCGAAGCGCUACUGUGUGCUGAAGGAUGCUUGUUUGUAUUUCUAUCAGGAUGCGAAUAGUAAAACGGCAUUUGGUAUGGCUUGCCUGCAUGGCUACAAAGUGUCGUCGAUGUCAACCAAUGCUUCAGGCAAAAAGAAUUCAUUUGAGAUAAUUCCACCAGAAACAAAAUUGCGCCACUACUACUUCUGCACCGAAUCGGAGAUGGAUAAAAAGAGAUGGAUCUCGGCUCUUGAAUAUUCCAUCGAUCGUUGGAUCAAAUCUGGGUAACUAAAAUUGAAAACAAUUGGGAGUAAGCGAAAGCGCAGUUUCAGCUACUAUCUUGAAUAAAAAAAAAAAUACGAAUCAAGCAAGAAACUGGGGUAAGGAAAAGUGCUGUCAGAGCGUCAGAAGGACUAACUUUGCUGCCAAAACAAACAAGAAAAAAAAAAUAUGCCAAAAAAAGAACAAAUGAAAAUAAAAAUAAUUAGGAGAAGGUUUUUUUUGGGAAAAGCUACAUAUGGAAUCAGAAAACAACUAAUCAGAACAAAUAUUUUUAAAAACACGAAAUAAGCCAAUAUUUUGUAAGAGAACCAAAGAGAAAGUUGUGUGAUUGAAACGAAAAAGGGCAAAAUUUCUAAA